AUGGAGCUGCCCCAGCCGGAGCCCGUGGCCGGCUCGGCUCUCAGUCCGGCCGGCAUGCGCGGUGGCGCCCAGCGUCCUGGCCACCUCCCGGGCCUCCGGCUGGGGGCUCAUGGCCUCCUGGGGUCUCCGGAGCGCGCGGCCACUUCCUCGCCGGUCACCACCCUCACACAGACUAUGCACCACCUCGCUGGGCUCGGCAGCGAGACCCCAAAGAGUCAGGUAGGCAGCCUGCUCACAUGCCUAUCCCUGUCCCGUCGGGCGUCUGAAUCCUCCCUGUCGUCUGAGUCCUCUGAAUCUUCUGAUGCAGGUCUGUGCAUGGACUCUCCCAGCCCUAUGGACCCCAACAUGGCAGAGCAGACGUUUGAACAGGCCAUCCAGGCAGCCAGCCGAGUUAUUCGAAAUGAGCAGUUUGCCAUCCGACGUUUCCAGUCCUUGCCGGGGAAGCUUCUGGGCCACAGUCCUGUGCUACGGAACAUCACCAACUCCCAAGCGUCUGGCACCUGGAGGAAGAGUGAGGCGUGUGACCAAGCUGCCCACGGCUCUGGGGAGGACAAAGAGAAUGAUGGAUUUGUCUUCAAGAUGCCGGGGAAACCCACACAUCCCAGCCACUCCCGUGCUCUUGGGGAGUGGGCCAGCCGCAGAGAAGCCUUUGCCCAGAGGCCAAGCUCGGCUCCCGACCUGAUGUGUCUCACCCCUGAGCGGAAGAUGGAAGUAGAGGAGCUGAUCCCCCUGGCCCGAUGCCACUUUUCUCUGACCCCCUCCACAGGGGCUGUUGAGGAAGAUGAUGGAUUCGUGGAUAUCCUGGAGACUGACUUAAAGGAGAAUGAUGUAGUUCCCCCAGGCAUGGAGAGCCUCAUUAGUGCCCCACUGGUCAAGACCUCAGAAAAGGAGGAGGAACAGGACCUCAUCAUGUACAGCAAGUGCCAGCGGCUCUUCCGCUCUCCGUCCAUGCCCUGCAGUGUGAUCCGGCCCAUCCUCAAGAGGCUGGAGCGCCCGCAGGACCGGGAUCUGCCUGUACAGAACAAGCGGAGAAGGAGCGUGACCCCUCCAGAGGAGGAGCUGCGGGAGGCUGAGGAACCCAAAGCCCGCAUUCUCCGCUCAAAGUCUCUGUGUCAUGACGAGAUUGAGAAUAUCCUGGACAGUGACCACCGAGAACUGAUCGGGGAUUACUCCAAGGCCUUCCUCCUACAGACUGUGGAUGGAAAGCACCAAGACCUCAAGUACAUCUCACCAGAAACGGUGGUGGCUCUGCUGACAGGCAAGUUUAGCCACAUCGUGGAGAAGUUUGUGAUUGUCGACUGCAGAUACCCCUAUGAGUAUGAAGGCGGGCACAUCAAGACUGCUGUGAACCUGCCUCUGGAACGGGAUGCCGAGACCUUCCUGCUGCAGAGCCCCAUCACACCCUGCAACCUGGAUAAGAGAGUCAUCCUCAUUUUCCACUGUGAAUUUUCAUCUGAGCGGGGCCCCCGCAUGUGCCGUUUCAUCAGGGAACGAGACAGAGCCUCCAACGACUACCCCAGCCUCUACUAUCCUGAGAUGUAUAUCCUCAAAGGCGGCUACAAGGACUUCUUCCCACAGCACCCGACCUUCUGUGAGCCUCAAGACUACCGGCCCAUGAACCAUGAGGACUUCAAGGAUGAACUGAAGACCUUUCGCCUCAAGACACGCAGCUGGGCUGGCGAGCGGAGCCGGCGAGAGCUCUGCAGCCGCCUGCAGGACCAGUGA